UUGAAACUUGCUGCCGUUGCUGUGUCAGAACAUAAGUUGUCACUGAAUGUCACUAUAGCUACAGAUCUAUAUAGCAGAAUCAAACAUAGGAAAAUUCAGAUCUGCUUUAGUAUAAUGGUUUUGUUUGUCGUGUGCUUGUAAUUUACCCUCCAGUUUGUCCAAUUCAUCUUGUGCUGUGCUGUGUGUUUGAUUAAAAGGCAAGGGACUUGUUCAUCCAGGGUAAGUGUUGGUUGCUUGGAUAUUGUAAAGUUCAUUGUUAAAUGAACACAUUAAGUGAAAAGGAAUUAGGUGUAACAAGGACCUCUGGCUAAGUAUUCUUUGCUUCCAUUAUCGUUAAUUUUCCCCAAAGGACAGUGAUCAUUAUGCAGUAAGCAACGCUUAAUUUUACAUGCAGCAUGUAGCCUCCUAAAAGUAGUAUAAAGGGAGAAAUGCUUUGUCUUUUGUGUAAUUCAAAUAAGGAUGGGUAACAGUGGCGGGGCAGUCCUAUUUCUGUACUGUGCGCUGAGCCUCUGGGUUCAUUCCUGCAUGUCUGGUAACCCCGUGUGCAGACUUGCAAAGUAUUCUGUACCUGGAAUGUUUCAAAAUGGGGAUAUCAUGAUAGGAGGAAUAUUUCCUGUUCAUCGUACCGAUGAAUUCAAAGAUUUACCUUUCACAAAAGAGCCAGCUCCACUGGUGUGUGAUAAGCGUUUUGAUCUCAGGAGUUACAAAUGGAUCCAGGCCAUGAUGUUUGCAGUGGACGAGAUCAAUGACAGCCAUGAGCUGCUUCCCAAUGUGAAGUUAGGCUAUGCUGUCUAUGACACUUGUGACAGCAUUGCCAAGGCUCUAGAGGGGACCUUUGCCCUUGUGACUGGAGAGGACAACUACAUCCCAAAUUACAGAUGCCAUUUGAACUCGUCUUUAGCUGCAGUGAUAGGAGAGUCAUCCUCAACCAUCUCCAUAGCCAUGGCCAGGAUUUUGGGAAUUUAUCAGUAUCCUCAGAUCAGCUACUUUUCCUCCAUCCCUAUCCUCAGUGAUAAGCAACAGUUCCCGUCGUUUCUGCGCACCAUUCCCAGUGACACUUUCCAGUCCAAGGCCUUUGCUUACCUGGUUAAAUACUUUGGCUGGAAGUGGGUAGGCACCCUGGCUGAAGACAUUGAAUAUGGCACACAGGGAGUGCAGCUGUUCAAAGAAGAGGUGAAGAAGUUGGGCAUCUGCAUUGCCUUCGCUGAAAAAAUCCCUGUUGUUUACUCACGACAGAAGUACGUGCGGAUCGUGGAGACCAUCAAGAAAUCAACAGCAAAGGCGAUUGUGGUCUUUUCUGGAGAGACCAACAUGAUCCCUUUAGUUGAAGAGAUUGAAAGGCAGAAUGUAACAGGCAUAACUUGGCUUGCGAGUGAGGCUUGGAGCACAACAACAUACAUUGCGAACAAAGAGCAGUACAAGUAUUUCGAGGGAGCCUUGGGUUUUGGAAUCAUGAAGGGAAACAUCCCUGGCUUCGAUAAAUUUAUUUUUAAGCUCCAGCCACUAAACGCCCCACAUGACAUUUAUUUAAAGGAGUUCUGGGAGAAUGUGUUUGGAUGCACGUGGUCAAACCAGGGAACGAAGCCCCGCUGCACUGGAGAGGAAAGCCUGCUGGAGUCGAACAACACAUUCUUAGACAUGUCGGAGCUCAGAAUCACAUGCAAUGUUUAUAAUGCAGUGUACGCUAUUGCUCAUGCACUGCACAAGCUACAGUCCUGUCAAGUUGGGAAAGGUCCAUUUGCUAAAGGAGCUUGUGCAAAAGCUAAUGACUUUGAGCCCUGGCAGCUGCUGCAUUAUGUGAAGAAGGUGCAGUUUAUUGACAAAACAGGGAAUGAACAGUACUUUGAUGAAAAUGGUGACAUUGUCCCCAAGUAUGAUAUCCUGAACUGGCAGACAGCUGCUGACGGCUCUGUAGUGCUGAAAACAGUGGGAAGAUACGACGGCAGUGAACUUGGCCAGGAGCUGAAAAUCGAUGAGCAAGCCAUUAUCUGGAAUGGUAAAAAGAAAGAGCCCCCGGUUUCAGUAUGCAGUCAGAGCUGCCCUCCUGGAACAAGGCAGAGUAUUCAGCCUGGGCAGCCUGUCUGCUGCUUUAACUGCAUCACCUGCCCUGAUGGGGAAAUAUCAAAUGGGACAGAUUUCACCAACUGCAUCAAGUGUCCUGCAGAUUACUGGUCCAACAGCAAGAAGGACGAGUGCGUGGCCCGGGAGAUUGAAUUCCUGUCAUUUGGAGAGUUGCUGGGUGUAGUCCUGACAGUGUUUGCGGUGCUUGGCGCUUGCCUGACGUUUUCAGUCAUCGGGAUAUUCAUAAAGAACAUGAACACUCCCAUUGUCCGAGCUAACAACCUGGAGCUCAGUUUCCUGCUGCUGUUUUCUCUGGUGCUGUGCUUUCUGUGUGCUCUGACUUUCAUUGGGGAGCCCACAGUGGAGCUGUGCAUACUCCGUCGAACAGGAUUCGCCGUCAGCUUCGCACUCUGCAUUUCUUGCAUCCUCGUGAAAACCAUUGUGGUGCUCCUCGCCUUUAAGAUGACCGUGCCCAACCAAAAUGUCAUGAAACACUUCAGAAUAGUGCAUCAGCAUAUGACUGUGGCCACUGCAACCUUAAUCCAGAUUGUUAUCUGUUUAGCUUUCAUGUUAUCCUCUCCACCAUCUGUAUGGAAAAACAGAGAGGCAGUGAUUGCUAAGAUUAUUCUUGAGUGCCAUGAGGGCUCGGAGCUGACUCUCUUCUGCAUUCUAGGCUACAUUGGAUUCUUGGCCAUCAUUGACUUUGCUCUGGCCUUCCUUGCCAGAAACCUCCCAGACAAUUUCAAUGAAGCUAAAUUCAUCACCUUCAGUCUGCUGGUGUUUGUGGUGGUGUGGAUAUCCUUCAUCCCAGGCUACAUCAGCACCAAAGGGAAGUACCUGGUAGCAGUCGAGAUAUUUGCCAUUCUCUCCUCCAGCUUUGGGCUGCUUGCCUGCAUCUUCUUUCCCAAGUGUUAUAUUAUUAUGCUGAGGCCUGAGUUGAAUACUAAGAAUAACCUAAUGGGGCGUCCCAAAAAGCUGUAAAAAGGCUGAUAUGUUGGUAGUAACCCCCAGUCACAUAACUGUAACACAUACACAUCCACGCGACCUGCAGUACAUUUAUAUAGUAUAGCAGUGUCAUAAGAACACGGUCAAGUUGUAAAGUUCAGCAUAUGUUAUCCUAAACAACAUAUCUCACCAUGUAGGGUUUUUAGCUGUACAGUACUUUGUAUUGUCAAUGUAUUAGCAAUUCAACUGUGACUGUAAAUCAAUAGCAAUCAAUAAUGAUAUUGGUCUCCUGGUUAGUGUUUGAUGUCCUGGGUUAUUAUAUUUCAUGUUGUUUGCAUUCCAGCUUUGUAAAUGGCACAUGUUAACUGCAGUAUGUGAUCCAUAAAGUUGUGCUUCUGGUCAUGGUUGCUGCAGCUUGCUCCUUAGCACUCCUAGAGAGACAAGGUCAAUGUAUAUCUAAGCUGGGGCUGCAUCUUUAGCUUGUGUGUGAACCAAUUAGUCAGGUUAUCCUGUUAUCAGUAGAAUAUGUUGAAAAGGAUUUGUACAAGAAAUAUAUUGAAUUUCUUAAUUGUGUUAUUUGUUUAUUUAGUUCAUUUUACAUAGCUGUUUAAAUGUAUUG